UUGAUUCGGAAAUGCUGUUGUGUUUUCCUUGAAACUAGCUUCAUGGCUUUAUAUCUCAGAUAACAGUGUAAAACUUUGCCUCAGAGAGGAGACGAAUACAUAUUUACAGCUAAAGCUAAACCUUUCAUGCGGUUAUGACAUGACCAUUUACUGAGCUCCACGGGUAACGUUUUUAAAUCCCCGUAUCACUUGAGAAAAGUGUUUGGACUGAGCAGGAUGCUAGCAUGUGUCGUUAGCAAACCACUGCAGGAAAUUAGCUCGUUAGCAUAGACAGCCAGCCAGCCCAAAUGUUAUCAUGAGGCUUAAGUGUUCCUCUUUAUGCUCGUACUCGAUUUAAAUAACCUCUGCGCAAUGGACACCGAGGCAAUAGUGAUCCGUAUAAAAACGCCAUCAGGGGACAUGGACUCGGCCGUUGACUGUCCAUCUCUUCUGAACUUCAAUGACUUACUGGUUGCAAUCAGAGAUGUCAUGCCUGAAGCCACUGUCACGGCCUUUGAAUAUGAAGACGAGGUGGGUGACAGAAUCACUGUGAGAAGCGAUGAAGAACUCAAAGCCAUGUUGUCAUAUUACUUCAACACAAUGAAUGAACAACGCAUGAAUGGACUUCUGCCUGACCCUCUACAGAUUUUUCCACGAGCCGGCAAGACUCCAGGGAUCCGGAACAUACAUGGCCUGAAGGUUAAUACAAGACCUAACCCAGCCAAUGACUGCACUCAUGGUGUCCCAGACUCUAUGGCCAACAACAGCUUAAAAAAAUCAUCUGCUGAGCUGAAGAGGAUCCUGACAAAUGGGCAGAUAAAUGCCCAAGAUAUCCACUAUCAAGAGCAACUUGGCCAUGGAAACGGAGGCACAGUUUACAAAGCGUACCAUCUUCUGGGCAAGCGGGUUUUAGCUGUCAAGGUCAUUCCCCUGGAUAUCACAGUGGAAUUACAGAAGCAAAUCAUGUCAGAAUUAGAAAUUCUAUACAAGUGUGAUUCACCCUACAUCAUCACCUUCUUCAGUGCCUUUUUUGUAGAGAACAGGAUAUCCAUAUGCACAGAAUUUAUGGACGGUGGUUCUCUGGAUGUGUUCAAAAGAAUUCCAGAGCACGUGCUGGGGAGGAUCGCAGUGGCAGUAGUCAAAGGCCUGACAUAUCUGUGGAGCCUGAAGAUACUUCACAGAGAUGUCAAGCCUUCCAAUAUGCUGGUGAACACCCGAGGACAAGUCAAGCUCUGUGACUUUGGUGUCAGCACACAGUUGGUGAAUUCUAUAGCCAAAACGUAUGUGGGAACUAACGCAUACAUGGCGCCGGAAAGGAUAUCAGGAGAACAGUAUGGUAUCCAUGCAGAUGUCUGGAGUGUGGGAAUCUCUUUCAUGGAGUUGGCACUAGGCAUGUUCCCCUAUCCACAGAUUCAGAAAAACCAAGGAUCUUUAAUGCCUCUCCAGUUACUGCAAUGCAUCGUUGAUGAGGAUCCUCCAGUUCUUCCUGUUGGCCAGUUCAGUGAGAAGUUUGUUCACUUUAUAACUCAGUGUAUGCGGCGGCAACCCAAAGAGAGGCCUGCCCCUAAUAACCUCAUGGAUCAUUCCUUCAUCAUACAGUUUAACGAUGGUAAUGCAGAGGUGGUGUCGAUGUGGGUUUGUCGCUGUCUGGAGGAGAGACGCGCCCAGCACGCUCAGGGACACGUCUGACGUCCUUGUGCUGU